GCGCCAGAGUGGAGGAUAGCCGUCAGAAGCCCGGUCCCGGGCUGGGAGGCAUCCGCAGCAGGAGGGACUGCCGCGGGUCUUCCAGCUGGCCCAGGAUGGACUCGCGGGUGUCCGAGCUGUUUGGGGGCUGCUGCCGGCCCGUGGGGGGCGGGAAUGGGGGUGCCUUGCGAGGCCGCGGCGGCGGCAGCGGUUCUUCCAAGGGAAGGAAGAAGAACGGGAGAUACCGAGGUGGCAAGGCCAACAACCCGCCCUACCUGCCUCCGGAGGCAGAAGAUGGAAACAUAGAAUACAAGCUGAAGCUAGUUAAUCCAUCUCAGUACCGCUUUGAACAUCUAGUAACGCAAAUGAAGUGGCGACUACAAGAAGGCCGUGGUGAGGCUGUGUACCAGAUUGGUGUAGAGGACAACGGGCUGCUGGUAGGACUAUCUGAAGAAGAAAUGCACGCCUCUCUCAAAACGCUACGGCGGAUGGCCGAGAAAGUAGGAGCUGACAUCACUGUGCUUCGAGAAAGAGAAGUGGAUUAUGACAGCGAUAUUCCCAGGAAGAUAACAGAGGUUCUUGUCCGAAAGGUCCCAGAUAACCAGCAGUUUCUAGAUCUGCGUGUGGCUGUGCUUGGAAAUGUGGAUUCAGGCAAGUCAACCUUAUUAGGUGUCUUGACACAAGGAGAACUGGAUAAUGGGCGAGGCCGAGCUCGACUCAAUCUUUUCCGGCACUUGCAUGAGAUCCAGUCAGGAAGAACAUCUAGCAUUAGCUUUGAAAUUCUUGGCUUCAACAGUAAGGGAGAGGUGGUAAACUAUAGUGAUUCACGGACAGCUGAAGAAAUCUGUGAGAGCUCCUCCAAAAUGAUUACCUUCAUUGAUUUAGCUGGCCAUCACAAAUACUUAAAAACCACCAUUUUUGGGCUUACAAGCUAUUGUCCAGAUUUUGCAAUGCUGGUGGUGAGUGCCAAUACUGGAAUUGCUGGUACAACACGAGAGCAUCUAGGCUUGGCUAUGGCCCUUAAGGUGCCUUUCUUCAUUGUCAUUAGCAAAGUGGACCUGUGCUCAAAAGCCACUGUAGAGCGAACAGUGAAACAAUUGGAGCGGAUUCUGAAGCAGCCUGGCUGCAACAAGCUUCCGUUGCUAGUAACUUCCGAUGACGAUGCUGUUACAGCAGCGCAGCAGUUCGCACAAUCUCCGAAUAUCACUCCUAUCUUCACCUUGUCCAGUGUUUCUGGAGAGAACCUGGAUCUCCUGAGAGUUUUUCUCAAUAUCCUUCCUCCUCUGACAAACAGCAAAGAACAGGAAGAGCUGAUGCAACAGCUCACUGAGUUCCAGGUGGAUGAAAUUUACACUGUACCAGAUGUAGGCACAGUUGUUGGAGGAACACUGUCAAGUGGGAUAUGCAAAGAGGGAGAGAAUUUGGUUGUUGGUCCAACAGAUGAUGGCAGGUUCCUUCAACUGAAAGUGUGCAGUAUCCAGCGAAAUCGUUCAGCAUGCCGUGUUCUUCGAGCCGGGCAGGCUGCCACUCUAGCACUUGGACUCUUUGAUCGCUCACUGCUGCGCAAAGGCAUGGUGAUGGUCAGCCCAGAGAUGAACCCAACUAUUUGUUCAGUAUUUGAAGCUGAAAUUGUUCUACUCUUUCAUGCCACAACUUUCCGGAAAGGAUUCCAAGUAACAGCACAUGUUGGAAAUGUGCGGCAAACAGCAGUUGUGGAAAAGAUCCACGGGAAGGACAAAUUGCGAACAGGAGAAAAAGCAGUGGUUCGUUUCAGAUUCAUUAAACAUCCCGAAUAUUUGAAGAUAGGAGCCAAACUAUUGUUCCGGGAAGGAGUUACCAAGGGUAUUGGACAUGUCACAUCCAUCCAGGCUAUCAUUGCUGGAGAAAGUGGCCUGGAACACAACCUGGGUCCUGAUCCAGUCAGCUUCUGACACACACCAGCAUUGCUCAGUGCUCCGAGUAAGGGAAAGGUCUCGUGUCGCUGUGCAGAGCCAUUGUUGGCCAAUCAGUUUACAUAGGCGCAUCUUUUCUGCACUGCAGAAGCCAGAGUUACCUCCUGGAUUGAGUGCCAUUCCUGGAGCAAGUUAAGCAUGUUGUUUGUGCAUUAACUGCUACUUCCAUCUUCCUGCUUUUCCUGGAAUAGACAAGCAAACAGCUGCAUCUUUGUCUAGGUUGGAACUCCUGCUUUUGUUGACCUUUGUUGGGAAGUUAUUCCCAGAGAGGGGCAAGAUCCUUAGUGAGUUGGACUGUAACUUUGGGAUUCUGCUGCCUGGGAGGCAACAAUGGUGGACUCGUUUCUGUUCACAGGGGUAUAUUGGUGUUGUCCUGGUGCCUGGUUUUGCAGGCUUUCUAUGACAGAUGAAGAGUUACUAUUAGAAACUAGAGCUUAACAUUCUGUAUUGCCCACAGUACAGCUCAGGAUGUUUCUACCAUUUUAAAUUAUUGUUGGUUUCAUAUUAAUCCAAUAAUGAAUAGUCUCUCUUCUCCCUCCACCUUCGUGUGCAAAUUCUUACCAGCUUAAAAAAGGAGGGAGGAAUAUGGGAGGAAAAGUCCCCCUAAAGCAGAGGUAAGUAACCAUUUUGUGACCAGGGUCACAAUUUUUUUUUUAAUGGGAUACUCCCACAGCUGUAGGGUCCAUGGCUGAUGAUGCAGUGACAGUGCCAGGGUGGGCAGGCUGAAAUGUUCUGCCUAAAUUUGUGGGGCUUUUAUGUAAGUGGAUACAUACAAUUUCUCUGAGGCCUUGUGCAGCUAUACUAACCACAAAAUACAAAAAAAAGUGCCACUGAAAAUCAAUGGUUCUGCUACCAGAUUUCACCAGCAUGAACCAAGGGUGCCCUGGAAAGCUGCAUGUGGGAUGCAAGCUGUCCAUCCUCUGUUCUAAAAUAACCCUGAUAUGAUGACAACCACAGCUCUCCAGCUCAGCUAUCGAUGCUGUCAUACUUCUCUCUUGCUUUGUUAGCCAUUUGUUCCUCAACAGGUGCCCUGCCUAAGCAGCUUCUUAGAGCAGAGGUACCCCACUAUACUAUCAGACCCCUAUAAAUACUUACAUUGCUUGUUUCUUGAACUAAACUGUGGUUGGCAAUUUUGAUUGCUAUAUCUUUCAAUAUUCUUAACUUUUCUGAGGUAUGGGCAUCCAGGUCCAACCUGUUUCUUGGGGCAAGAGUUUUCAUUUCCAGUGGUCAUGCCAGUAAAGGCUGUUCUAGCUAUUGCAAUAUUGGGAAUGCUACUGCAAUUCUAAUUCUCUUAUUCAACUUUACCAUCUGCUAUAAUUUGUAUUACUGGUAUCUUUUGCAGAAAAUCACCUUUUUCGUAAGAUUAAAUCUAUGUCUUAUUGAAAGUAUAAUUGAAUUUCUGAAUUGGCCAUGAGAUAGGAUGGUCUCAGGCACUGAAAGAUACCUUCAUUUUUUAUUAAGAUUUUUAAAGUUUGUGAUGUUUAUUGUAUGUUUUAGCCACUGUUGCAUCAAGGGCUCAAAUAAACGAGCUAACAUGGCCAGUAAAAAAACAGGAUUUUUUAUCCUUUCACACAACUCCCCAUUUUGCUGUUUCAUCUCUGUUGUAGAGAGAUUAGAUUAUUCAGAGCAACUGCUCCUGGGAUAUAACACGUUACUAUUAAGCCUGCAUAGUUAUACAGAAAGGUUUAUAUAGCCUUUAUAUAGCCUUUUAAGCAAAGCCUUUACUCACCUCCCUGGAUAAAAGAAAAUCCUCUCAAUAGUCCAAUGAACGGUUGCUAAGUACCAUGGCUGUUUGCUGACAAGUGGUUUCUCUUUUGAAGUUCCCCUUAAUUAUAUGAGUUACACGCAAGCAUUUUGAAUUGCCUCUAUACAAGGAGGAAAACUGGCUUUCUACGUAUCUUCUGAGAGAUUUUGUCCUGUGGUAGGAAUAAAUGCUUUCUCUGCAGUUUACAGUGAUGGUUGUUGACCUAUUGCAAAUGUAAGCAUUCAAGGUGCUUUUUCUACCCUUAAGUCCAGGCAUUUCCUGGUCUCCUCCUUCCCCCUUGCCUUCAUUAUGUGUGUGUGUUCUCAGUGCCAAGCCUUUCAUAUUCACUGUUUGUGGAUUUCUUAAAAGGAGAGGGAUGUUUUCAUCUCUCUGUAUAAUGCACAAAAUAAAGAUGCUUUAUUGAAAAAAUAAAGCUGUGGUUUGCUCUAAAAUGAA